GCUUGAAUUGUUUGGAGUUUGAGAGAUCGCGUGGGGGCCACUAUGAAAGCCUACUGUAGUAGCAGAAUGCUGGCGUUAGUCGCCGGCCUGGUCUCUCACACGGCACUUCUUGCUCAAGCCCGAGGCUGGACGUGGGGCCGACGUCAUUAUCCCUUCGCGCGUAAGGGUUGCGGUUCAUGUAACAAGCCAACAACCGACCAGAUAACCAUAGUUGAUGAAGCAUCCCUGAGAUUGGGGAUCCAAUCAGCUUACGGCGUCACGACAAGGGGUACACCGGUACCUUGCAUAAAGCAGGGCACAGCUGCAGGGUUCAUGCGGACCGGUAUCCUGACGAGUGAGCAUUGUCUGCAGGUACGUCUUGGAGUUGGAUAUCAAUAUUCGGCGGUGUCCGAGCAGUCGCAUCCAUCGCGCUUCAGGCCCCUCCUCUCUCCACUAGUUUUUGGGUCGGUGCCGUCGGUCGCCACGGGCAGAUAUGGUUCAACAACGACAUCGUGGAUGGAGUAGGUGACCAGCCAAGGGGUGGAGGUUGCAUACCAUUUUCCCGGUCCAAUUUUCGGCUGCGGUUGCAGGGCCCGUCUCCGACAGUCGUCGUGCCAUUGUCUUCAGGUUCCCGGCCACUCAUCCAGCAAGCCAUCGACGAGCUUGCUGAUGGCGUCGUCGUCUUUUGGUAGGUCGGCAACGAUGCAGUCAAACCAUCGCUCCGCACACCCUUCAAGAAACCAAUAAGACCGCGCAGCAUGUUUGAUGAGCACCGCUCCAAAAGCCAGAGCAACCAGAACCGGUGCCUCUUUGCGCU